AUGCCUAUCAACCAACCCUCGAAUCAGAUUAAAUUCACGAAUGUAUCAGUCGUCAGGCUAAAAAAAGGCAAAAAACGUUUCGAACUAGCCUGUUACAAGAACAAACUCCUCGAGUACCGUUCCGGCGCCGAAAAAGAUCUCGACAAUGUCCUCCAGGUCCCCACCAUCUUCCUCUCCGUAUCCAAGGCCCAGACGGCCCCUUCCGCGGAACUAGCCAAGUCCUUCGGAGCCGGCACUCCCACCGACGAGAUCCUGCAAGAAAUCCUCCGAAAGGGUGAAGUGCAGGUUGGAGAGCGCGAGCGGAAAGAGAUUGUCGAGCGAGUGGAGAAGGAGGUCCUGGAUAUCGUGUCAGGACGACUGGUCGACCCGACGACUAAGCGGGUGUAUACACCGGGCAUGAUCUCCAAGGCUUUGGAUCAACUGAGUUCGGCGAGCGGGCAGAUGCAGCAGUCGCAGGGCCAGCAGCAUAACGGCGACGCGAAUGGUAGUGCUGCCGGGGAGGAACCUCGUCCUGCUCAGCCAAAGAAGCCGUUGUGGACCGGUGUUACCCCGAACAAGUCGGCGAAGAGUCAGGCGCUUGAGGCCAUGAAGGCGCUCAUUGCGUGGCAACCCAUCCCUGUGAUGCGCGCGCGUAUGAGGCUGAGAGUGACUUGCCCUGUGUCGCUUCUGAAGCAGAGUGUCAAGACUGGAGCGGCAGCUGGCGGGCCAAGCAAGGAAAAGGAGGCCCCGUCCGGUGGGUCCAAGUCGAAUAAGAAGGGUGGUAAAGGCUCGAAGAAGUCGAAGCGACAAGAUUCCGAAGAUGAGGCCGGUGCGUCCGACGCGGAACCGGCAGCGGCGAAAGCCCCCGGCAACGUCAAGGACAAGAUUCUGAGCUACAUUGAAUCCGUCGAGACGCAAGAAGUGGUUGGUGGAGACGAAUGGGAGGUGGUUGGAUUUGCCGAACCAGGAGCGUUCAAGGGACUGAAUGAGUUCGUGGGCAACGAGACGCGCGGACGGGGACGAGUGGAGGUAUUAGACAUGACAGUUACUCAGGAAGAGUAA